GUUCACUUGUUGACUUGUAAAACACAAUACACAUUCACAUACAUAUAUAUUUAUAUAUAAUUUGUGGCUAUAUCAAGGCAUAUAUAAGGAGUGAUUGGUUAUAACUUCAUCUUGAAGGAUAUUUGUAUGUUAGGUUAUAUUAGGUUUUAGGGUUUUGUGUGUGAAGUUAAAGUGUUAAUUUUGGUGUGAUGGGUAGGUCUCCUUGUUGUGAUAAAACCAAAGUGAAGAGAGGCCCAUGGUCACCUGAAGAAGACACCAUUCUCAGAAACCAUAUUCAGAACCAUGGCACUGGUGGCAACUGGAUUGCCUUGCCUCACAAAGCAGGGCUAAAACGAUGUGGGAAAAGUUGCCGGUUGAGGUGGUUGAAUUAUCUAAGACCCGAUAUAAAGCUUGGAGGGUUUACUCAAGAAGAAGAUAAUAUUAUUUCAUCACUAUAUGCCAAUAUUGGAAGCAGGUGGUCCGUCAUAGCAUCGCAUUUACAAGGAAGAACAGACAAUGAUGUAAAGAAUCAUUGGAACACAAAGUUGAAGAAGAAACUACCAUCACAUAACUCUACCGCUAUCAAUACCAACAACAACGCUUCCAAUAGCGCUAUGCAAUUUAGCUCUUCGGUGUUUUUACCUAAGCAAGAAGUUGAUCAACAUCAAAUUACAAACAACUCCAAUUUCGAUUACUCUAUUAUGAAUGUGAGUUAUCAACAACAAAUGACUACAUCAAAUUCGAACAGUAACAGUUUCAACAACACGUCGCCUUUGCAAGAGAAUCAAUCUUUGCCUAAUAAUGUGUUUUCAACGGCAAACAAUUAUGCAUCAUGGUGUGACAAUGGUGGAGUGAUGGAUCUCGGCGGUGAUCUUAUGACCGAUGAAUACGAUUUUGGACAAAUGAUUGGUGAAGUUGCUAACUUUAACUAUUCUUGUCAGUUAUGGCGCUAAACUUAUUGGAAAAGGUUGUGAUAGAAGCUCACAUAUGGAUCAAACAUUGGUGGUAGACCUUUUUCUAGCUCUAUUUUUGUAGUCUUUUUAUAUUAAUUAAGCUUGGACUAUUAGAUGUAUGUAUGCAUGUAUAUUAUUAUUCAGCUAUAUUACAUAAAACUAGUAAUUCCAAAUA